UCCCUGCUUCACUUGGCUUGUUUUAACAGCAGAUGUUAUUACACCAAGCCAUCUCCCCUCCCUCCCCGCUCAUCAGUAGCACCUGUUGUGAAACCCAAGAGCCUACUCUGGUAACACUGCCUGCAGUGCACACUGUGGCUCCCUGCCUCGCUCCCUGGCAUCACCAAUGCUGCCUGCCUUUGGUGUCUGCGAGUGGCUUGUGUUGUGAGCCAGGAGCUGCAGGGAGACACCGGCUACAAGACAGGAGAGCAGUCAGGAGCAGAGAGGAGGAAGCAGUGAGGAUGGCCAGCAACUCCAGUGCAUUGCCCCGGGUGACUUUCCAGACUCCAGAGAAACCUGGGGAGGAAUCGUCACACAGGAAACUGGGCAAGCUAACCAUAAAGUACAACCGCAAAGACCUACAGCGCUGGCUAGACCUGGAGGAGUGGAUCAAUGCCCGGCUGCAGGAGCUGUACCAGUUCCCGCUAAGAGAGAAAACAGAUGCAGAAGUUCCUGGACCAGUAAUUGACCUUGAAGAUCUCCUGGAGGUCCCUAAUGAAGAACAGAAAUUAAAACUACAGGAAAUCCUCCAUGAGUGCUCCAGCCCAACAGAGGACUUCAUUACGGAAUUGCUCAGUCGAUUGAAAGGUCUCCGGAGAAUCACCAAUCCUCAGAAGAGACUACCUCACCCAUAAGAGACAUCCAGCUUGGGUCACAAGGAAAAAUGCGUCUUCCCCAUACAAAACACAUCAGCAAGGUCACUUCAGAAUAUGUUUAGGAUUUAUUAAGAAACAUCACCAAGUUUGUGAACUUUAUACCAGUGGCUUGAAGUCCCUGCUCCUUCCAGAUCUACGUGCACAGCAGGAAGCUAAACUGUAUGUUUUCCCGAUUCUUAAAAGGCAUUUUAACCUGGGGAACAGGACAAGAAAUCCUCCCUUCAGUUUCUUCUAGGAAUUUCCAAGCUGGCUUGGGAGCACCAAAUACAAUUCUCAGGAGCACAUCAAAACUUCCUUCUUUCCAUCCGCAGCAAGGGAAACAAGGCACUGGUUAUCACUCCUUCAUCAACAUGGAAAGUCGGUUACUGCAAAGCUGCACCCUGUUUCAAGUCUGGCUGGGACCCAACUGCGAUCUUUUGCCUGUUACUGCUGUACCUGGCUCUACAGCAUUUGUAGACCUUGGUAGGUCUUAUUAAGCCUCUGUUAGUCACAAAGGUUCAAUAGAAAAUAUACAGUAGGAUCAAAUGAAAACAUCCAAGUGCAUCUGGUCAAUACUUAAGGGGAAGCUGACAAAAUGGCUGCUAAGGCUAAUGGAAGAGAAGUGUUUUUCCUCUUCACAGAAUUUAGAACUUGAUGAUUUAGAAGCAUCUCCUACAGGAGUGAGGCGUAGGAAUGAUUUUUCUCACCAUUUAAAAAGACUCUGUAAAAUACUUAUUUUGUAUAUUAAAACAGAGAAAAUCAGCUAUGUGCUGCCUCAAAUUGCUCUCUUUUUAGACACUACAGAAAAAUUGAACUGAAAACAUACCUGCUCCUAAGCAGCAAGACUUUCACAGACAGGUAGGUCUCACAAAUUAGAAGUAGGACACAGCCUUGCUGCACAAACUCUUCAGGCUAUAACUAAUGUGUGGCUGGAAAAAUACAGAGGAAACUACAUCCAGGCUCUCAGCAAGUCAGUAACUUGACACACGUUGCAGGGAACUAAGACAUCAAAUGCAGGAGGACUGCACAGGCAGAGCAGUCUCCCACGUUAUGUCCCUAUACUCCCAUGCCUGCCAUCCAAACAUGAGAGAUGAAUUGCUGAGUUGCAUCUGGAAGGACUUCCAUGUACCAAUAUGUACCAAGGGUCAUGUGCCUUGGCUGGCUUGGUACGAGGCCAACAGAACACCUGCCUGCCCUCAUGAAGUCUCCAAUUUAUAAGAAAAACAACAAAAAUACGCAGUCUAGGUUUGCACCUGCUGCAAAUCUGGCAUUGCUCAUGGAUUCACACCUGCUGACACUGAAGAAUCACAGCUGUCAAGAAGGGAAAGCAGCAUAGUACCAAAGAACUCUGAGCACUGUUAACAUCACAGACUCAGUUCAAACAGAAGUUCAAGUGGAAGACCCUGUUGGACAGGCCCCUGAGCUGUGUCCUAAACUAUAGCUGUAAUUAGCUGCAGUGUAAGUUCACAGAUAUCCAGAUUAAUUACACAUUCUAAGAAGAAGCUUUUAUUCUUCUGAGCUGUGACAGCACAAAGACCUUCAGGGCCAUUCCUCUGGCACAACGGACAGAUUUUUCUCCAUGCAGGGACUUAAUUCUGUAUCCAAGCAAUUUGGAGGGAUGCAGAAGAAAAUUUUUUUUGCUGUACUUUAAAGGUGGACCCAGGGGAAAAAAAAAAAAGGCUUUUGGAACUCUGCUUGAGUAGAAGUUAUCUUUGUGUGUUCUCUGCCAGUAGCAGAAAAAUGAAUAAGCUGCAGCCCCUGUGAUAUGCAGUUUUUCCAGUACAUCAAAACAUUACCAUAGCACA